AUGGACAACAAUCAGUACGGAUACGGUGGAAGAGACCCUUCCUUUGACCAACGGGAUGGCGCCGCUGGUGCUUAUUCCCCGCUGGGUGGAAGGGACCAGUCUCCCGCCCCCUAUGCCGGAGGAAACUAUGGAGGAAACACAAUGGAGAUGAGCUCAAUCAACAACGGAGGCUCCUUUGCCGGUGAUCCGACUGCAAUCCUGAACGAGUGCCGAGAAAUCGACAAUGGAAUCGAACAGAUCGAGGGAAAUCUACGGGAACUGCGAAGACUGCAGGACCGCUGCCUCGCCGAGGCCGAUUCAUCCGCGAGCUCAUCGAGCCGGCAACUAGAUGCACUCAACACCGAGACCAUGGCCUUGUACCGCACCAUAACCGAUCGCGUCCGAAAAAUCAAGUCGAGCCCCGAGGGCCGCCAGCCCCGAAACCAGGCCCAGGUUGGCCGCGUUGACCGCCGAUUGCGACAAGCGAUUCAGGACUACCAGGGCGUCGAGUCCUCGUUCCGCAAGAAGAUGCAGGACCAGAUGGCCCGCCAGUACCGCAUUGUGCGCCCCGAUGCCAGCGAGGACGAGGUCCGGGCUGCCGUGGAGGAUACUAGCGGAAACUCGCAGGUCUUCCAGCAAGCCUUGAUGCAGAACAACCGCGUGGGCGAGGCGAGAGCUGUGCUCAGUGCUGUACAGGACCGCCACAAGGCUUUGCAGAGGAUUGAGCAGCAAAUGGUGGAGUUGGCGCAGCUGUUUGAGCAGUUGAACACGUUGAUUGUGGAACAGGACGUCAAGAUCCAGGCCAUUGAGCAGACGAGUGAGGAGGUGGUCGACAAUCUCGACAAGGGCAACGAGGAGAUUGCAGUGGCAGUACAGACGGCGCGGGCCACUCGCAAGAAGAAAUGGAUGUGCUUGGGUAUCUGCGUGGCCAUUAUCGUGGUGGUCGUUAUCAUAGUGGUGGUCUAUGUCGUCGUCACCCACCCUCCAGGCGGCGGAAACAAAUCGGAGGAAAACAAGAAGCGCGGUCUUAUGCCACGAAGCGUUACCGAUGAUUUGCAAAUGAACAACGCCCGAGCUAUUCAAAUUGCCGCUCCCAUGACCGGCCCUAUCUCUCGUAUUUACGGACAGUCAAAGAACUCUCUCGGCAGGAGGCUCUCACCCGAAGGUCUCAACCGCAUUACUUCGCCCUACAAAAAGGCAACUCAGCCAGCAAGAAAGGAGAAACGAUUUGUGAUCACAGAUGAAAUCCUCGAGUUUAUGGAACAAAAUAACGCGGUGGCUUCACGUGGUCCCCAUCGGGCCGGAAAGCGCUUCGUCAUCACGGACGAAAUUUUGGAAAGCAUGAGAGGCGGCAGCAAAGUGGGGGGCCAUGAACAGUUCGUUCCAGGUCACCAUAAGGAUGCGAACGAUGGCGAAUGA